ACACAGACCUGCAGAGCGGACUCUGGUGAGGUGCCUCCUUCAGGCACCACCUCUCUAGAGCCCUCUUCCUUUUAAGAGAGCCUGACAGUCUUUAUCAGCCAUUGCCUUCUGCCACCAGGAAGCCAGCUGGAGGAGCCGGAGGAAGAGAUGGCCAUGGAGGACAGCCCCAGGAUGGUAAAACUAGACCGGGGUGAGAACCAGCUUCCUUCGAGUCGGGGAAGAAGGUGUGGCCCCAGAGUGCUUGGCUAUGUCACUGGUGACAUGAAAGAAUUUGCAGGCUGGUUAAAAGACAAACCUGUGGUGCUGCAGUUCAUCGACUGGAUUCUUCGAGGCAUAUCCCAAGUGGUGUUCGUCAGCAACCCCCUCAGUGGAAUCCUGAUUGUGGUGGGACUUCUGGUCCAGAAUCCCUGGUGGGCUCUCAAUGGCUGUGUGGCAACAGUGGUCUCUACUCUGACAGCUCUCUUGCUCAGCCAGGACAGGUCAGCAAUUGCAGCUGGACUCCAUGGCUACAAUGCCACUCUGGUGGGAAUACUCAUGGCUGUCUUCUCAGACAAGGGGGACUAUUUCUGGUGGCUGCUGUUCCCUGUGUCUGCUAUGUCCAUGACUUGCCCGAUUUUCUCAAGUGCGUUGAGCUCCGUGCUGGGCAAGUGGGACCUCCCCGUCUUCACUCUCCCUUUCAACAUGGCCUUGUCCAUGUACCUUUCAGCCACUGGACAUUACAAUAACUUCUUCCCAAGUAAACUGUUCACACCAGUGACCUCCGUUCCAAAUAUCACCUGGCCUGACCUCAACGCCCUGGAGCUACUGAAGUCCUUACCAGUGGGGGUCGGUCAGAUAUACGGCUGUGAUAACCCAUGGACAGGGGGCAUUUUCCUGUGUGCCAUCCUGCUUUCUUCCCCGCUCAUGUGCCUGCACGCGGCCAUUGGAUCGUUGCUGGGAGUAGCAGCGGGACUCAGUCUUGCAGCUCCAUUUAAGGACAUCUACGUAGGACUCUGGGGUUUCAACAGUUCUCUGGCCUGCAUUGCUAUUGGAGGAAUGUUUGUAGCGCUCACCUGGCAGGCCCACCUCUUGGCUCUGGCCUGUGCCCUGUUCACAGCCUACCUCGGAGCCUCCAUGGCACACCUAAUGGCUGUGGUCCGAUUGCCAUCUUGUACUUGGCCCUUCUGCCUUGCUACACUACUGUUCCUCUUGUUGACCACAAAAAACUCCAACAUCUACAGGAUGCCCCUCAGUAAAGUCACUUACCCCGAAGAGAACCGCAUCUUCUACCUACAGAACAAGAGAAGGAUGGCCGAAAGCCCUCUGUGAAAGCAACCCCACCCACAGCCAUGGUCAUUAGUCAUUUCUCACUGCAGCUCCAGUCUACUUCCAGUGACCCAACAACUGUUGCUUGUUACAGGGAACAACUGUCAGACAAAUUGCCAGCAAUCUGUUCUAUUGUUCACUAUGUAUUUUUUUUCUUACUCCAGAAAUAUCUUCAAACAUAUGAGAGCCACAUCCAGAUGAUAUUCCCUCUGGCAUGGAAUUUUAAACUUCAAUGAAGGGUACCACUGAGGUGGUAAUGUAUUUAUGAGUCAAAGUGCUCCAAAGAAAGGAAAAAUGAACAUGGAAGAAUUAUUGACAUAUAUUGUUACUUUAAAUGCUUACUUGGCAGUGUUAAAUAUUUAGUUCUGGGUCAGUUGUGGUGGCGCACACCUUUAAUCCCAGCACUCGGAAGGCAGAGGUAGGAGGAUCGCUGUGAAUCUGAGGCCACCCUGAGUCUCCAUAGUGAAUUCCAGGUCAGCCUGGGCUAGAGUGAGAGAGUGAGACCCUACCUCCAAAAACAAAAACAAAAAAAAUAAGUUCUGUAAACCAACUAAGCCUUAUGCAAUUCACAGUCACAAAAAUCAGGCCAGAAUAAGCAGUUUGGCCUUUUAGAAUCAAUGCAGGUUAUACAUGGCAACUGUGCCAAACAUUAUAAUGGGACAGGCUGCUCACAGGGCUGGCCCCAGCUCUCCAGUAGGGAGAGAGAGAGAGAGAGAGAGAGAGAGAGAGAGAGAGAGAGAGAGAGAGAUUCUCUUAGAGGAGAUAGGUUUUCUCAAGCUGAUACAGCAUCAGGAGAGAGAGAGAGAGAAAGAGAAAGAGAGAGAGAGAGAGUGUGUGUGUGUGUGUGUGUGUGUGUGAUUCUCUUAGGGGAGACAGGUUUUCUCAAGCUGAUAGAGCGUCGGGAUUGUGUUGGUCAAAACUUUGGAAAUUAUAAAUGUUAGCAAGAGCUUAUUUUUUCCUUAUGAGAAAAGAUUCAAUGAUUUCAUAGCUAACCUGUUCCUAAACAGUAAGGAAAGUUUAUAUGUGCAUGAAAUACUUGGCAUAGUUAUUUUUGCUUUAAUUCUAAUUAUAUUUUCAUUUUAUUUUUAAAUUUUAACUUAUUAUUAUUUGGAGACAGGGUCUUGCUAUAUAGCCCAUGCUGGUCUAGAAGUCACCAUCCUCCUGCCUCAGCUUCCCAAGUAAUAGGAUUAUGUUGAUUUUUUUUAAAGUCAUAAAUACAGAGAAACUUCAUCAGCCUUAAGAGCCCUUUAAAGCCACAUGUUUAAAUAAAUCUGAUGGCAUCUUAUAAACACAAGAAGUUAAAGUCACAUUGCUUAUAGUUGUCUUUUCAACCAGUUGUUGAACUUCUUUAAAAAAAUUUUUUUCACACUAACAAUAUUCUCUGUCAAAAAUCAAUGGAAUUUGAACCACUAGAAAGCCAUACAGAUAAGGAAAUCUUCAGUAUUCUAUUUUCUUAUUGAAAAUUUGUGAUUUCUGAGCUGGAGAGAUAGUUUAGUAGCAAAGGCACUUGCCUGCAAAGCCAAAGGACCCAGGUUCAGUUCCCCAGCACCCACAUAAGCCAGAUGUACAAGGUGGCACGUGCAUCUGGAGUUCAUUUGCAGCGGCUAGAGGCCCUGGUGUGCCAUUCUCUUCCCUCCCUUCCCCGCCUCUUUCUCUCUCUCACUCUCUCAAAAUAAUAAAUAAAAAAAAUUUUUUAAAGUGAGUUCUAUGAAAAAUCUAAGACCAAACAUGCUGAGAAGAGUAGAAUGUUCCACUUAUAACUGGCAACCUCAGUCCCUUUCAGCUCAGUAUUUUGAAGAUUGGAAAAGUAAAAAUUUUAAACCCCAUAGAUUUUUUUUUCUUGUAGCCCAUGCUUAUAAUCCUAUUACUCAAGAGACUGAAGUCAGAAGACCACAAGUUCAAGGCCAACAUGGGCUACCUAGUAAGGCCUUGUCAAAAACAAAGGA